CCAAUCGAGACAAAAGAAGGAGAAAGGCGACUGAAGGAGCAGCACCGGCAGCAGCAGCGGAACCUCGCGGCACCUCGGAGGCGACAAGCAGCCCACUUCCACGCAAUCUCUCUCACACGCACACCCUUCUAACCUUUGAACCUUCAUUGUCCCGACGUACCCACUCGAACCGCCGCGUUCCAAUGAUGUCAUACCUGUGGAUUCUGCUCCUCUUUGGAGGUUUGUUUGCUGAACGUGCUCACACGGAAGAUGACGUGGCCCCAACGGAGUUUGAAGCCGUCCACUCGACUUUGCUGCCCCAGUUUGAAAUGCACCCGGAAAUGGACGCCGAAACCGCGGCAGAGGAUAUGCUACCAGGUGAACCUGAGCCAACUGAAGCUGGAGCCCAUCAAGAAGUGAUGCCAGGUAAGGAGGAACCAGAACCGGAGGCUGCGUCAGAGGCGGAAGCCGAAGAUCCUGCUGAAGGAGAAUCUCCACCAGAGGCUAAUGCAGAAGACGGAGCAGAGGCUCCUGCCGAAGGGGAAGAAGAGGGAGCACCACAAGGAGGAGACGAGGUGGCAGCUGACCCAGAACUAGAUCCUGUAGCCGAAGAAGAAACAGACGCUGCGGGGGAACCAGAGCCAGAGGCUACCCUAGAACCAGAGGCCGAACAAGAGCCAGAAGCGGCAGCUGAACCACAACCAGAAGCUGAACCAGAACCUGCAGCAGAACCAGCAGCUGAACCAGAACCAGAGCCGGAGGCUGCAGAAGAACCAGCAGCUGAGCCAGGACCAGAGGCUCCAGAAGAACCAACAACUGAACCACAACCAGAUACUACUGCCGCAGAAGAAGCGGAAGCAGAGGCUCCUGAGUCGGAAACAGAACCCUCAACCCAAGGUCCUGCAGACGGUCUAGAAGAUCCGGAAUCUGCGCAAGACGUUGCCGACGUCGACGAAGACCCUUCUGCUAGCGCUGAUGCGUCUCAUGUCCACGAAGAGCACGGAUCCGACGAUGAAGGCGCAGUAGGAGCCAACGCAGCUGCGCCACACGAUGAGUCGGCGCACGCGGAGAUGGACGUCGACACCGAAAUCGAAGCCCGCGUCCCUUCAGACGGAGGCUUCAACUUGGAAGACGCUCUGGCGCAAGGCGACGCGCACGACAUGCCGGCGCAUUCGGGGCGCAGCAAUAGCGGCGGAUCAGUGGCACAUGUUUCUGAAGCCACAGGAGAAGACGCUGACGUUGAAGAAUCUGGCUCGGGCUCCUUGGCGGCCAUCUUGUGCGCCGUGGCCGUGGCCGUUGUGGGAGCAGCCGCCGGAUAUUUUACCUACCAGAAGAAGAAACUCUGUUUCAAAAAUUUGCACGAAGAACAAGAUCCGGAGGUGGCACGCAAAGCCGACGCAGGCGAGGCUCAGUCAGAUCCUCAAGUCCUUAGCAACCUACUGAAUUCCUCGUAGAGCGGCGGCGAUCACGUGACCCGACCAGGACCAACCACAGUCGAGCGAAGCGGCAAGCUCAACAGAGGCGUUUUUUUGUUUUUUUAAUUAUUCCACUGUGGCGCUGCAUUAAUGUGAGACCCCCCACGUGGGGGCUUCGUGGGUAUGCGUGUGUGUGUGUUUGUGUAUGUGCGUGUGUGUACACGUAUUCAUUAGCGCAGUACGUGCGUAAAGCAACGAAGCAACUUGAUUUGCGACGUUUGUUUGUCCAAAUUUAUGUUCUCAUGACCGAAAAACAUUUUUGUUUCAUUGUUUAUUAACGCGCCGCCCUUCCAUUUACAGCAGGGGUGUCAAACUCAUUUUUCUCGCGGGCCACAUUGUUGUUCCGGUUUCCCUCAGAGGGCCAUUACGACUGUGGAACAAAAAUAUUUAAUCAUCUCAUCACAUUUACAUCAAUUUAUGAACUAGUUUUUGAAUCAGAAAUCAAGGGUAAUGUGUUUUUCAACUAUUCACGUUUGGUAACACACAAGAAUGCUUGUAAUAUCUCAACUUUUAUCAUUUAUGAUAUAUGACAAUUUAAAAUUUUGGUACAGAUUUUUUUUUCAAGAAUCAUGGAAAUUCACGCUCUAGAGUUGGCUUCACGGGCCACAUUUAAUGGUGUGGCGGGCCGGAUCUGCCCCCCGGGCCUUGAGUUUGACACCCGUGAUUUACAGGAAUUGCAAUGUGACUGAUAUCUUUUUUGUCGAUGUCAAUCCGAUUAUUGUAUUUCGACAGGGUUUAUCGAUUUUAAACCAGCCACUGUAUUCGUUUCCAGAAAUAAUAAUCGAACAUGAAAACAAUCUUGAGGAAAUCGAUUUGGGGGGGGGGGGAGUGCACACACAUGGAUUUGUAACAUUUUAACCCAUUUUUAAAUUAUGACAAACUACACACACGAUGAGAAAAGAAAAAAAUUGGGGUGCACGCGCUUACUGCAACAAGCACAAUUAGCGCUGCUGUCGUAAAUAUGGAACAUCUUUAGCAUUUAUGAUUGGUGGCACACCACAGGACUCCAUCCAGCCAUUUUCUUAGCCGCUUAUCCUCACAAGGGUCGUCGGAGAUUGCUGGAGCCUAUCCCAGCUGUCAACGGGCAGGAGGUGGGGUACACCCUGAACUGUCAUGUCAUUUUCCAAGGCGCUUAUCCUCACAAGGGAUGCGGGAAAGCUUGAGCCUAUUCCAGCUAGCUUCGGGCGAAAGGCAGACUACACCCUGAACUGGUCGCCAGUCAGUCGCAAGGGCAGAUAUCGACAGAGACAAAGAGCCGCGCGCACACCUAUGGGCAAUUUAGAGUGUCCAAUUAAUGUUGCAUGUUUUUGGGAUGUGGGACGAAUAAUAAGACGUGGCUCAGCUGGUAAAGCGUUGGCCUCACGAUUCUGGGGUCUCGGGUUCAAUCCCAGACCCGUCUAUGUGGAGUUUGCAUGUUCUCCCCAUGCCUACGGGGGUUUUCUCUGGGCACUCCGGUUUCCUCCCACAUCCCAAAAACACGCAAUAUUAAUUGGACACUCUAAAUUGCCCCGAGGUGUGAUUGUGAGUGCGGCUGUUUGUCUCGAUGUGCCCUGCGAUUGGCUGGCGACCAGUUCAGGGUGUACCCCGCCUCCUGCCCGUUGAUAGCCGGGAUAGGCUCCAGCGCUUCCCGCGACCCCCGUGAGGAUAAGCGGCAUAAGAAAAUGGAUGGAUGGAUAAUAAGACAUCUGACAAUCAGGCCUUUGCUCAGACUGAUCAAAUCGGAAGAAAAAUGCUCAAAUUGGGCCAAAUUAUCGAUAUGCGUGUACCCUUCUCUAGGCAAAGUCAUUCGAAAGAACGCAGAUCACGUCAACAUAAAUCGACUGACGUGUAAAACACUCGAAGUACUCCAGGAAGUUGUGACUGUAAUAUUUACGGGAUUGUGGCAAAGAGUGAUGUAGUAAAAAUAGCCGAGAGUCGAUACAGGAAACUAAACAUACCUGAAUACGUCAUGUAUUGGCUGAACGUCAACAAAUACUGUACAUGAACUCGUGAUAAAGAACAAUUUUUUUUUUUCUUUUAAUGAAGCAAAAGCCCUUUGCCGAAAAACUGAGGCCUGCUACAAUGAGCAAAAGUAUCGGGACUGAUUUGUCAUCUAUCCAAGAUGUUCCGAAAAAUGGAACAUUUGGGCGCAGGCUCCUUUUUUCGUGCUUAAAGAUACAGUUGGUUGGGUUCGGUGUGGGAGAAACCUGACCUCAACCCCAUCAAACACUUUUGGAAAAAACACACAACGAUUGUGGAUUAAUGGACAAUAUUCCCCAAAAAAGUAUCAUAACUGCAAAACUUCCAUUCCGUCGUCUUGUGUGCUAAUACUUUUGCUCAUUUGGGUGUAUUUUAAGAAAAAAAGUUCAAAUAGCGUUUUAGUAGCUUAGGCCAAGUGUCACUGUGAGGUUUUUUUUGUACGUCGACGUGCGUCAGUCUAGUUUUUCGAGAGUGCCUUUUCGCUGUCCCCGCCCGGCCCGGCCCGGCCCGGCCCAACUCGCCACCCCCCACCGCGAGCAGACGCACUGAAUGUCUCCUUCACGUCGACUUUAACGUUUGGGCCAGAUGAACUCUUGUACGCACUCACCGGCCACAACGCCAGAGGCGCAUUUAGCGCUAGUGUGAAAUGCACCAGCUGCGCUAGUAACUUCAGUGGGGGCACAGCGGCUCGAGAAACGUCAUCUUUAUCUUUAAUGCUCUUUUGGUUCAGUCAUUUUAAUCGCAACGUUUUACACCGUUGAGCAGUAAUGAUUAAUAUCAAACCCGAUUCAGCUUUUUAUAUCCGAAUUUGAGUCUGUGUAUACCGUUCAACAUCUAAAACCUACUUUCUCUUCAAGUGCCGUAAUUUCCGGCCCACAAACAAGCGACUUUUUUUCACACGCUUUCAACCCUGCAGUUUAUGCAGUGUUGUGGCGCUAGCGUUAGCGCACCUCGUUAUAAGUCUAUGAGUUUAACGCUAGCGCCUUGCUAACGCUAGCUCCUUGCUAACGCUAGCGCCUACACUCUUUCUGUGUACCGAAGCUUAGCGGUAGCGCCGAGCUAGCUCUUAUAUCGAGGCUUAUAACCAGGUGUGCUCUGUAGGCCAGGAAUUACGGUAAAUAACAACAAUUGGACAUCUUAUUCAAAAUUAUAAACAUGUUUUAAUGUUUAGUUGUUUUUUUUUUAAACAGCGCAUUUGAAAAUUCAUGAGCAGGACAACAGCAAUGAUGAAAUUUUAUUGUUUCAGUUUGAGAUUCUACAUCUUGGUGUGUUAAUAAUUACUGAGUUAUUUUUGUGGCACAAACUUAAUAUUGUUGUUGUGGUUGUGUAAUACAUUAACCACUCGAAGUCAUACACGAGAACGUCGAUGAUGCCAGAAUCCUCCGGAUACGGUUGAAAAUUCCCUGACUUCAAAUUUGACCGCCGUGUUGCAGUUUUUUAAAAUACAAUCGUUCAUAGGAGUGCUAUUUUGUACAGAUUGCCUGACGGAAAAUUAUAUGUUGUAUGCAGUUCUCAAAACUUAUUUUUUAACUCCCCUGCCCAGGUGGACAUUUUGAAACAGAAGUUCUGUUUAUUGGCCUUUUAAAAAAUAUAUAUACAAAUUUAUCUCAUUUAAUAAUUGCUGUUUUGAUUUAGUUAAUGAGACAAUAAAAUAGUAAAAUAAGCAUUUUUCACGUUUAUUUUAAAUGAAAUAAUUUAAAAAUAUAAUUAAAUGAAUUAAACAUAUAUCAAAAUGAGAAUUAUAACGUUUCAAAUUAAAUGUUCAGCUUUCUCACAAGUUUUAAAGCACACUUACAAAAAAAAAAAACAAAAAAACUUUUGGCACUAGCAGCUGUAGCUAAUGUUGUUGUGGCUGGUGAGCGCAUUUCCCAGCGUCUACUACCUAUUUCUCAGCGCCGUUUGCCUCUUUAUUCCUUUUUCUACUAUAAUCCCCAUUUAUCGUUUUUAGUUUUUUUUUUCUAUUUAAAUCAUAUCCGUUGUCUAUGGCGAGGCGCCUCCGACUGAUUGUCUUUAAAUAGCGUAUUACCUUUAGUGAUUGUUAUUGUGGAAAAUUGCCUAAUUAUGAGGGUCCGCAGCGAUAACGAUUUAGCAUGAAUUGUAGCGCAAACUGCUAACAUCUGAAUGUUUGUUUGUUUGUUUGUUUUGCCUUACAGUUGCUGUGUUCCCUUUAAAACUUGCUUGCUGCUUAGCGGUUAUUCUUUGUAAAUAAUAAUGGGGGGGGGGCACAGCAGCAAUACUGUACAUGACAGAGGCUGUUGUCACAGUCUGGCCGCUAAUAUCUGUGAUAUCGCAUUAAUUAAUUAGCAUGUACAAAUUGGAGAAAGCUGAGUUUUAAAAUGCCUUCAUUAAAGGGGAAAUCCAGGAGUGUACCCUAUUUUGACAAUGUGAUGUUAAAUCCUCUCUCAUUCAAUAGUGUUUUUAGUAAUCGAGCAUUUGGAACGGCACGGUACACGUCACAUCCGCCCACGCACAUCAAGUGACACGCAAAAAUGGCAGCGCCCCUGAAAAUUCAUAACUGUCGAGAAAAUCUUCUCAAAACACAAUUAAAUGAGAGAGGAUUUAGCAUCACGUUGUCAAAAUAGGGUACAUAUUACAUGACCUAUUGGGUACACUGGAGUUCUCCUUUAAAAUCAAUAACAAGGGAAGGGAUUCUUACUCGAUUAUGAGAAACGUUUAAAAGUGUUGCUGCAUUUAUUUGAUCGAAUGUAGGGGAAAACCAAGAAUGAAUCAAUUGGUUUUCUUCACUUCUGUUGGAUGUCAUGUUGUGCUUCUUUAGACAGCAAACUAGUUUAGAUUCAGUCAACAGCAUCUCAUUUUGUCUUCAGGUACUCGAAGGCACAAUCUAUUCAAUUCUUAAUGAUCGGCAAAUUGAUAUUCAAGCCCACCCCAGCGACGCCUUUUGAAGAAAAACACGGACAAAAAGUCCCAUUUUCGAGCCUUCAUGUAAGCACAUGAAUGUAAGCGCAUUGGGCUUUGCUUUGUUGCAGCAUUAGCGGAGAAGUCCAGCGUUAUAAGCACAUCUCGAUUACGAGCGGGAACAAGGGUAUGAACGCAAAACUCUGUGAUUUCCUUUAGAAAUAUCAACACAUAUCAUUUCUUUUCUAUGAAUAUUCUCUCCGUGCGUGUGUGUUUUUCAGUAGAAACUGUCAUCAAGCAUUUGUGAUGUAAAUAAUGUCGAAGAGGGUGAAUUAAACGACCAGUUUCAGUUG